GUGCACUCUGCCCUGGCCAUGCUGGAUGCCAUCGCGCGAGCACCAUCUCUUUCUUCAUCUUGAUCUCUCCAUCUCAUCUCCUCUCGCACGCACUUCUACUCCACGACACUCACGCAGCCCACUCUCGCCCACGCCUCGCUUCUGAAUACUACUCUCGCUACACCACGCCCUCAUCGCCACUCGCAUACCUAGACCAUCCCGCACAUCUCAUCCUACACGUCUACACUCUCACCUCACUCCACUCAACCCACAAAACAACACUACUCAACAUCAUGGGUUUCUUUAAGCGUAACAAGGGCCCCGAGAUCCCCCCCGUCAUGCCCACCCCGGGCCAGCACCAGGCUGUCAACGACCCGUACGCUGCUGGCGGUGGUGGUGGCGGUGGUGGCUUCGGCGGGGGUGGACGGCCGGACCCCUACGCCUCCAGCGGCCACCGCGACCCCUACGCAGGCGUACAAAAGGCGCGUGCUGCCGGCACCGACCCCAACAGCAUCUACGGUAUCCAGCGUGGCCAGCCUCCGCAAGACCCCGAGAACGACGCCAACCGUGAAGCACUCUUCGGCGGCUUCAACGGCGGCGGCCAGCGACAGACGCAGCAGCGCAAGUACGGAUACGAGGGCCGCGAGCAGGAGGAGGACUUUGACGAGGACGAUGAGAUCGAGGGUAUCCGGCAGGGCAUGCGCGAGACCAAGAUGGACUCGCUUGCGUCGACGCGGAACGCCCUACGCCUGGCGCGCGAGGCCGAAGAGAAUGCGCACGGCACCAUUGCGCGACUGGCCGACCAGUCCGAGUCGCUCGCCAACUCGGAGCGCCACCUUGACAUGGCCAAGGCCAACUCGCAGCGUGCCGAGGACAAGGCGUCAGAACUCAAGCAGCUCAACAAGAGCAUUUUCCGUCCCACCAUUGUGUGGAACAAGGAGGGCAAGCGGCUCGCGCAGGAGCAGAAGAUCAUUGACCGGCACGCGAUGGAGCGCGAGGACCGCAUGCUGGCUAUGAAGGACAUGCAGGACACGCGGUCGCGGUUGCACUCUGCUGCUCGGCAGGGGGCGGGAGGGCGCGCACUCGAGCCGGGACAGCAGGCACGACGCGCAGCCGAGCGCAAGCGGUACCAGUUUGAAGCGACGGCGUCGGACGACGAGCUCGAGGACGAGCUUGCGGAGAACCUGGACGAGACGCACCAGAUUGCGUCCCGCCUCAAGGGUCUCGCGUCGGCGAUGGGCACCGAGGUCGACAAGCAGAACCAGCGCAUCGGCCGCAUCACGGACAAGACGGACAACCUGGAGAUCAAGGUGCAGCUGAACACGGACCGCCUCAAGGCGAUCAAGUAAGCAUUUGGACGGCGUAAUAUUUCUUGUAGCAUGUAUUAGAGCGAGGCGAGCGUGAGCGCGCGGGAUGCAUCAGAGAUCAUGUCAA